UUGUUCGAAUCGAGUGUGUAAAUUUCUACUUUAUUAAGUUUUUGUGAAGAUAGUUUAAAUUCAUUUCUUUUUAACUUCGAUUUCUCUGGCCGGAUGCUAAUUAAAAGUUAAAUAAUUUUAAAAGAAACCGGUAAAAUUUUCGCGGAAAUUUUAAAAAGAAAUUUGUCGUAUCAAAAUGUGGUUAAUGUAGCAGAUAAUAACAAAAUUCUUCUGCUUUCUAUAUUUAAAAAAAAUUCAUUAGUAUUAUUAAUUUUAUUUAAAUUCACCUAAAAAAGGAAAUGAUCAGGGGAAUGUCAAUACAGAGUUAUAUAAAUCGCAACUAACUGAGGGUAUAUAUGUAGUUUAAAGUAUACGCAUUACAGACGGGUAUAGAAAUAUGCUCUCCAGCGUAAACUAAUACCACAUUUAUCUACUUCGUGUGAAUGUCAGUUUGCAUUCAUUCAAUAGCAAAAUCCUAAAGUGCUUGACCGCAAGAUUAGCGCAACAUAUACAGCGAAGGGAAUAUCAGACAAAACGUCGCGGAAAAAGAGAAAAAAAUAAGGGGAAAGAGACUGAUAGGAAGCACAGUGAGGCAAAGAUAUAGUGUGCACAGCAGAGCGCGCUAGCGCAGCAUCGGUCGAGGGUCGGACAGGAAUAAACAUAAAUGAGUAACCACUAAGUAGAGACAUUGUUGCCUUCGUUUAGUUGGUGUGGUUCCUGGUGGUAGUUUGCUGCGAGAGCUGCUACCUUCUUUUAUAAACAACAGCAGCUUAUUUCGCUGAGAAAAAUGCUUUCUGACGGUGUUGAACGCUUAUUUUCGCUGACGCGUUUAAUUGGUUUGCUGCUGCUCGUAUCAACCAACGCAAUUUCAGUGUUAGGGCAGCAACAGGCCCAACAGCAAGUUUGUCCUGAGCAAAAUGUUAUUGCUCCCUGUAUUUGCACAGUUAAAAAAAACGGCUUGGAUAUCUUAUGCGAGACCACAGAUCUGGCUCAUAUAACUAAAUCUUUAGGAACGCUUAAAGAUAAAAGUCCCAUCAUUUUCUAUUUGAAAUUGCGUCACAAUAAUUUACCUAAACUACAAGGUUUUGUAUUCCUGGCUCUGGAUAUACGUCACCUUACCAUACAUAAUAGCAGUUUGGCUGCCAUUGAGGAGAGCGCCCUCAGCUCUUUGGGUAAGGGUCUUACACAGUUAGAUGUGUCCCUGAACCAAAUGAAAACAGUGCCCUCCUUGGCAUUGAAACAUCUUUUUCAUUUGUUAAUUUUAAAUUUAAAUCAUAAUAAAAUUACAAUUUUACAUAACAAUGCCUUCGACGGGUUGGACACGUUAGAGAUAUUAACAUUGUACGAGAAUAAAAUCAAUACUAUUGAGCCGGAAGCUUUCCGCGGUAUAGAGAAAAAAUUGAAACGUCUGAAUUUGGGUGGCAAUGAACUAAGUGCAGUGCCGCAGAAAGCAUUAUCAAUUUUAGAUAAUCUGAAGAAAUUGGAAGUUCAAGAAAAUAAAGUGAAAACUAUACGUGAGGGUGAUUUUGCUGGUCUUGAGAAUUUAGAUUCCUUGAUACUGGCUCACAACAUGAUUACUGGCGUACCGGCUAACGUUUUCUCCCAUUUGUCACUUUUAAAUUCAUUGGAGCUAGAGGGCAAUAAAAUUGUUAAUAUCGAUAAAGAUGCUUUCAGGGGCUUAGAAGAAAACUUGCAAUACCUUCGUUUGGGCGAUAAUAAUAUUCACGCCAUACCUAGUGAAGCGUUGCGGCCUUUGCAUCGAUUGCGACAUCUUGAUUUACGAAAUAAUAACAUCAGUGUGAUUAGUGAUGAUGCAUUCACCGGUUAUGGUGAUUCGUUGACAUUUCUUAACUUACAGAAAAAUGACAUUAAAAUAUUACCCAGUAUGAUAUUCGAGAACUUGAAUUCUUUGGAAAGUUUGAAUAUACAGAACAAUAAAUUAACUCGCAUUCCGCCCGACAUAAUGGAACAUAUUAUUGACACGAUGCGAGUAAUUGAUAUAACAGAUAAUCCUUUGGUAUGCUCUUGUGAAUUGACAUGGUUCCCAAAGCUAUUGCAAGAGUUAAAAAAUAGAGACGAUGAAAUGGCACAGAAGAAGAAACCUGUCUGCCAUAUGUCCAUUGAAAAUCGAGAAUAUUAUGUGCAGGCUAUGCCCUUGGAGAAAAUGCAUUGUGUCGGCUUACAAACAGAUGGCGCUGGAUUAAACCUAUUAGACAAUGGUGUGUUGUUAAUGUGGACUUUACUACUAGUAGUACUAGGAACAGUGAAUAUGCAUGAUGUGAUGAUGAUGUUUUUGUGUACUUUUUAAGGACUCGAUUGGUGGAAAAAAUGGAAGAAGUAAAAAGCAAACAAAAGAAAACAAACAUAUCAUAGAUACGCGCACCGCUAUUUUUAGAAGGAAAACCGUGGUUUUCGUUUUUUAAGAAUCUCUUUUUUUACCUAAGAUUAUUGAUUAUUAUAAAUAUUAAUAAAACUUCUAUAGGGAUUUAUAGGGAUGUGAAACACCUCCGAAACGAAUAAGAGUUUAUUUUUUAUUAAAUCGUAUCUAAAUGUCGUCCCGCGCUUUUAGAGAAGCUUUUUUUAAGAGAAUAUUUUAUAAAAAACACUUCUUAUAUGUUGUGAAUAUAUUUUCACACAUAAAUACUAUGAACACUACAAUCCCUACAUGUGUGUUGGGUUGUUAUUUAUAUUAAUGAAACAAAAGGAAAAAUAAAACCAAUAUGCAAAUAUCCACGUCAUUGUAACACACAAUCAUUUUGUUUCUUAAAUAAAAUUAAAUUUGAUAAAUAAAUUAAGUAGUGUUCCAAUUACAAAUAUUACUUACAUUUUAAAUCACCUAAAUGUUUAGAAAUAUUUACACAUAAAUACACAUUUAUUGAAAAACAAAAAUUUGUAAUUCUUUUAAACAAAAUUUUAAU